AUGCAAACAUCAUCCAACAGCAAUGGAGAACAAGAAUUGAUUUCACUGAUUGAUAGUUUGUGCAAUCCAACUCUUCCGAACACCAACAAGGAGUCUCUUAAAAGUAAAUUAAUAGAAUUUGUAGUGAAUGGAACAUUAACGAUCAAUGAAGGAAUUAAAUUAUUGGGAGAAUACUUGAAUCAUGCUACUGAUGAUCGAAUUAGAGGAGCAGCUUAUGCUGUCUUGGAUUUGAUAUUAGAAAAUAUACCAAAUAAUGUAGGAAGUGAAACUGAUGAAACAAAACAAACAACACAACUCAAGCUGGUAGCAAGUCUUUUGAGAUUUAUUGGUGAUAGAUUUUAUGAUUUUGAUUGUCUAGCUACAUUAUUACCAUGCUUGUUUUCUUUAUUUAAAAAGUGGAGUUCAUACAUUUCAAGUGAGCAAGCUAUUAAUGUAGUUCUUCAAUUCUUUGAAAAUGUCAAUAUUCAAUCAAUUGGAAGUACUUCAGGUGUGGCUCAUGCAACAAAAACUAGAAGUUUGUGCUUUGAAUGGUUUUCUCUAUUGGCAGACAGAUUUCCUUCCAUUGUUCGAACAAUUGACUUUUUGAAUGGUUUUAUUCAAUCAUUGGAAGGUGAAAGAGAUCCUGGCAAUUUAUUAUACUGUUUCAAUUUGAUUCCUAAAGUUAUUGCUAUAUUUGAUGACUCUGAACUGAGCUCUAAAAUAUUAUCAGCAGUAUCUGAUGACUUGUUUGACAUUACUAGUUGUUAUUUCCCAAUUACCUAUACACCACCAGCAAAUGAUACAAGAGGAAUAACCAGAGAGGAUUUAUCUAGGAGUUUGAAACUUUGUUUUGGGUGCAACAAAUUCUUUGCACCUACACUAUUUCCAUUCCUUUUGGAAAAGCUUUCUAGUGAUCUCGUCGAUACCAAGUUAGAGACAUUGGACUAUUUGUGUUAUUGCAUUGAGAAAUUUGGAGAAGUAAAUAGUAGAGAAUAUUUGACAGAAAUUUGGUCAUACAUCAAGGCUGAAUCAGUCAAAACCAACUCUAUGGAUGUCAUGAAGAAGUGCUAUGAAUCCAUCACCAAGAUUGCAAGAAUAGUUAUCAUUCCAAACGAUCCAAGUAACAAACCAUUUGACAUUCCAAAUAUUGAAGCUAUUUUACGUACUGCCCUAUUGGAACUCAAGUCAAAAGAACCAAAGUUUGCAGCUCAAUAUGCCAGAAUGAUUUAUGCUUGCGCUGUUCCAACAUUUGAAAUUUCCAUGAUGGUAUUUAAUAGAGUAAUGCCUGAAUUGGUUGCUACUCUGAGUGAAUCUGAUACCAAGGAUAAGUUAUAUGGAAGUUUACUCAUGAUAACACAACUCUUGCAAGCUGUUGCAGAACAAAAAGGUGAGAAUCAACUUCCAGAAGUUGUAUUCAAUCUUAUUAGCCAAGUACAGACAGUAUUUUUAUCCAUUUAUGAAGAGGAAUUUUCAAAGAAUGACAAGGAAAUGAUCCUAGUCAUGGUCGAAACUAUUUCAAGAAUUGCCAUUUUCAGAAUACCAUCUACAUUGUUGAGGGAUAUCUAUGUUUCAAGGAUACUCCUCAAAUCGUACGGUGAAGAAAACAAAUCUUUCAGUUUACUGCAUGCCACUUCACUGGAAGAGUAUAAGGAAAGAGUCAUUAAGGAUAUUGCUUGGAUUUACAAAUAUGCUCCAGAUAUUGUUAGCGAAGAUAUUUUGGUACCACUUUUCGGUGCAUUGUAUGGUUGUGAAAAUAAGUCUGAACAUAUUAAUCGUAUUCUUUCUAAUAUUUCAGCAGUUGGAAAGGUAUGUCCAUCCAUGACACCUUCCAUUACACAUAGACUAUUCGAGAGAAUUGAAAGCAUUCCAAUUUCUGAAUCUCAUUAUGAGCACGAGAGAGUGAAAGUUUUUGAGACUAUUACCUCGUUGGACGUAUCACUGAUACCAGCCCAUGAUAAGGUUUCUUAUAUUCAAAGAAUUGUUAAAAUGUCAGUUACUGAUUCAUCCUCACAAAUGGUUGACGAUUCUGAUACAAUGGAUUGCAGUGAUUCAGAAUGUGCACAUGUUCAUCACAAUCAAGGAAAUUUCUCCUUCUUGACACUUUUAUUGGGUAGAUCUUUGGAAAAUGAAUUACAACAAGUUGUACUGGAUAGUGUUUUACAAUAUGCCAAUUCAGUUCCUAGCACUGGACUUAAAAACUUUAUUUCAGUUUUAUCUGCUAUUGUAAUAGCAUGCAGACCAACUGUUGGAAUGGGUAAUUUGAUAACAAUGACGGAUUCUUUAUUACAAAUGGCAUUGAAGGGAGAACAACCUAGCCAGGUCACCAAAUGUAUUGCCCAACUUGUUGGUUCAGUAUUAAACAAGUUGCCUUUGGAUUCUACUGAAUUCCAACAAUUGAUUACAAUUUGUAAUGCCACAGUGUUUGAUGCUUUUUCACAAAUGCUUACCGUAUAUAAUGGAGAUAGUGAGAGUGCUGAAAGAUACAUUGAGAUGGUAUCGUGGAUUUUGAAAGGAUUGGUCAUGAGAGGAGCCUAUGUUCCUCACGCAGACAGGUACUCUUCAUUGUUGUGUGGUUCUCUCGUCUUUGAAUAUAAUAGUUCAAAGGUUAAUAAGAAGGUUGCUGAAGGUUUUCUGAUUGCUAUUGGAGAGGAUGAAACAUCCAUCCACAAGGAAAAUCAUGCCAUUAUUCAAGUCUUGUACAAACAACGUUUCUUUGCCACCAAUGUGAGAAAGUUGAUGGACUCUAUUAACACAGUAACCCAACCACAUAUCAUUGGCUCCAUUCUUUUAGCAUUAUCUAAUUUAAUUCAUAAUGUGCCAACAAAGGUUAUUCUCAGUGAGGUUAAGAAUAUUUUCCCUAUUGUUUUAAAGUUUUUGGAAAUGAGGCAAAUUCUGAUAGAGCAAGACAAUAAUUCGGAAGAUUUAUUGUAUGCAGCAAUCAAGACUACUUUAACUUUAUUAUCAGAUGCCAAGGAAGAAAUGUCUGUCCACUUGUCAUCAAUUGUUCCAAUCCUUCUUGAUACCUGUAAAUUCAAAAAAUCCCAAGCAGUAAGAAUACUCUCAGUUGAGGCAUUAUUGGAGCUCACUAACGGAUACAAGUAUUAUGAAAUUUAUCCUUUAAAGAAGGACAUUAUUAAAGGUUUAGAAGCAUGCUUGGACGAUAAGAAGAGAAAGGUCAGAAAGGCUGCUGUCAAGUGCAGAAACAGCUACUUUGUUCUUUCAAACAACCAAUAA